AUUGAGUACUAGCUGCUAGCCCCGGGAGCUGGUGCACUGAGGGAGUGCCAGUGCCGUUGGGUUUGUGCUCUGACUGAGUCUGACGUUAGAGGAGUUAAAAUAGAAUUUUAUUAUUACAAGGUAAACUGCUGGAAUCGGUUAGUCCUGUCAGCACUACUCCAGUAAACCAUGGCUGAACCAGAACUUCUGCUGGACUCCAACAUCCGGCUGUGGGUUGUGUUGCCUAUUGUGUUCAUCACGUUUCUCGUCGGGGUCAUUCGACAUUACGUCUCCAUCUUGUUACAGAGUGACAAGAAACUCACGCUGGAGCAGGUUUCGGACAGCCAGGUUCUCAUCAGGAGCAGGAUAUUAAGAGAAAAUGGAAAAUAUAUCCCUAAACAGUCCUUCCUGAUGAGAAAGUUUUACUUCAAUAACCCAGAUGAUGGAUUCUUCAAAAAGACAAAAAGAAAAGUAGUGCCUCCCUCACCAAUGACUGAUCCAAGUAUGUUGACAGACAUGAUGAAAGGCAACGUGACAAAUGUUCUUCCCAUGAUCCUUAUUGGUGGCUGGAUAAAUUGGACCUUUUCAGGGUUUGUCACAACUAAGGUACCUUUCCCUCUUACACUACGUUUUAAGCCGAUGUUACAGCAAGGGAUAGAGUUGCUGUCGCUUGAUGCAUCCUGGGUAAGCUCAGCGUCUUGGUACUUUCUGAAUGUUUUUGGACUAAGAAGCAUGUAUUCUUUGAUUCUUGGACAGGACAAUGGUGCAGAUCAGUCUCGCAUCAUGCAGGACCAGAUAAGUGGUGCUGCUAUGGCAAUGCCUGCAGACACAAACAAAGCAUUCAAGGCAGAAUGGGAGGCACUUGAAUUGACGGACCAUCAGUGGGCGUUAGACAGUGUCGAGGAGGAUCUGAUGAGCAAGGACUUGGAUCUUUCUGGCAUGUUCAGCAAAGAUUUGCCAACAGGAAUUUUCUAAACGCAUUAACGGACAUCGUCUUAAAAUGUAAUUAUGAUUAAUUUGUGUGAGCCUGUUUGGAGUUAAUGGGACACAACGUGGUAUUUAUUCCUAGACAAGCUGCAUAAACUUCACUGCAGACGUAUCCAAGUGUGCAUGUGCUGUUCUCUUUUCUGCUGAAUUUCUUUUUGGGUUAUUAUAAAGAAAAGAACUUAAGACUAAAGAAAUUAUUUUAAAAAUAACCUUUACUUUGUGUUACUUCCUUCUUUUUUGAAAAAAAUAUAGUAGGGACCCAUAGAGUAGUCUGUUGCCUGAGGUAUGUAUUAUAAAGCUACAUUCAUUAGUCACCAUUGUAAAGUAUGUUUGAGUUGAAGAUCCUCAAACAGAACCAAUUAGCUUAAUAUUCAUAGAAUUCACUUUUCUCUCCUAUCCCAGCAUAUUCAUAUAACAACAUUCCUUAAUCAAAUUGUGUUGUUUUGGGCUGAUUUUAUUUGACCAGAUAAUUAACAGGGCUAUAGAUUAGUAAAACGUAAAGAAAUUAGAUAGUUUGGAAAUGGACCAAUUGCAAUUCAGUCAUAUUAAGACCUGCCCUUUGUUGUGUUCAAUUGCUUGUUAUUACCAAACAAAUGUAAGUGCAGAUUUUUUUGAUGGAUUUUCUUUGGCUACCUGGUAGUCUUUUAACAGAUAUUACACUUUCUUGUUAAUUAAUUUUUUUGCUUUUUUUGUAUUCUGAUUUUUUUUUGUAACAUUUCAUUUUUGUAACAUUUCAUUUUUGUAACGUGACACAAUUAUGUACUUGCGAGAAGUGUUCAUUCAUGAUAGAAUUUGUUUUCUAUACCAACAGUGUGCUUUGUGACGUAAUAAACGAACCGGGGGGAAAAUAUUUUCACUUCAAA